AUGGCCCAUGACGACACCAAGCAAGAGGAACCUGGGGGCAGCAAAGGCAAGGGAAAGGAGCUGAACAAUGACCCGCCAGUCUUGUCCACUGCCAGUAGAGACCACCUGCAGUCUCUUCCGGCAGAACCAAACUCCAAUUCCAGAUCUGCAUUGUCUCGUCUCGCCGCGUCAACUGCCAAGUUAACCAACGACCUGGUAGUGUCCGGCCAACCCCACGCUGACUAUAUGAACGAGAUCCUGGCUCCUAGCAAGGCGGGCCCUUCCAGUGCUGCUCAAGGUCCUAGUACCACAGAGUCAUCACUCCGCAGAAGCACAACCGUCGAUCCCACCCAAAGGAACACGUUCCAGACUACGCACUCACUGGAGCACGUAAAUCUGGAGGAGGCAAGCUUCACUGCGUUUCUAGGUGGUGCUAGUGCACUGGAGCAGAUGGGACCCCGAGCGUUCAACUAUGAGCUACGGCCGCGGCAAACAGGCGCUUCUGGGCAAAUCGCCACACAUUCGGCAACAGAUGGCAUGGCGGUGGUUCAUCUCCUUGAUUCGGGAUACGAUGAAGUGGCCACUGGAGAGGUCACUGGAGAGGUCGAGAUACCCCUGACGAGUGAGCAUCGGUCGGCCUUGCGGCGUGCCUUAUUCUCAAAUCACGAGAUCAAGAGGGUGCCAUGGGAGGAUACGCUGAACUUCUUUCCAAAUUUCACUUCGGGUGAUCGCGGCUACAGCGAGUUAUCAGCACAUCUAGGAACAUCCGACGCACGAGAAGCUCGGACUAUGUGGAUUGAGGGCUGGCGAGAUGUGCUGUCAUCCUAUACUGAUGAGGUUUGGGGCAAUUUAGACCCUCUUGUCGGGAGGGCAAAGGAGGAACUAGAAGAUCUUUCAGGUGAAGCUUCACCCACCGAGCUCAAAGCGCUGCAUAGGCUCCAACAGAUUCUGGCUCAUGUCCAUGGUUCCUGA